AAGGUCCCACAGAGCUCAGCAGCCAAGAUGUGUGACUUCACCGAGGACCAGCCCACAGAAUUCAAGGAGGCUUUCCAGCUGUUUGACCGAACAGGCGAUGGCAAGAUCCUGUACAGCCAGUGUGGGGAUGUGAUGCGAGCCCUGGGCCAGAACCCUACCAAUGCUGAGGUGCUCAAGGUCCUAGGGAACCCCAAGAGUGAUGAGAUGAAUGUGAAAGUGCUGGACUUUGAGCACUUCCUGCCCAUGCUGCAGACCGUGGCCAAGAACAAGGACCAGGGAACCUAUGAGGAUUAUGUUGAAUGCCUUCAUGUGUUUGACAAGGAAGGAAAUGGCACCGUCAUGGGUGCUGAAAUCCGUCAUGUCCUUGUCACACUGGGCGAGAAGAUGACAGAGGAAGAAGUGGAGAUGCUAGUGGCAGGGCAUGAGGAUAGCAAUGGUUGCAUCAACUAUAAAGAGCUUGUCCAGAUGCUGCUCAAUGGCUGA